AACGUGCUUAUUUGGGGGAGAAAAAAAAAAAAGAUAACACGCUGCUCAGUUAUUACCUUAUGUCUCGCUGUCAAAUUGACCGGAUGGUGACCAAACAGAGAUGGCCAAUAAGGGAGUGUGCUGUGCCAACCUGGAGGAUUCGAACGCCUUGAUGAAGAUGGGUCUAAGCAUGGUCCUCAUUGGUCAUGUUAACUUCCUGUUGGGAGCGCUGGUGCACGGUGUGGUGCUCAGACCCAUCACCCUCCAUAAGCAGGCCCGAGCCAUGGAGUAUGCGAUCUCCAAUGUGAUCGCUCUCACCUCCGGGCUUGUGGGAAUUGUUGUUGGCAUUUUGGCUAUUGUCCUGUCUAAAAACAAGAGGAGUAGAGGCCUGACGUGGUCACUUUUUACAGUCAGUCUGACUGCAGCUCUCAUGGCGGCAGCUUCGUCCAUUGGACUCACGAUUUCUGUGGUGACAGCCAUCAUUCACGGUGGACGAAGCCUCCUGUCUCACUGCCGCUUCCCUGAUGCCAUUGGCUACUCGAGCAUCACCAACGAGUGUCCUUUUGACCCCACACGCCUCUAUAGUACCACUUUGAUCCUUUGGGUGCCUCUGAUCGUGACUUGUGUCAUCCAGACGGUGUUUUCUUCCCGGACCUUCGCUGCCUGCAUUUCAUUUCUUAAUCUGCCUUGCUGUCUUAAGAGAAAAAAAACUAGGGACUAUGGCACAGCGAUCAAUGUAGUGAGGCCGAUGGAGGAAGCACCCCUCUCUGUCUAUUCUGAACCUCCAAGAAGCUACACUGAAACUCCAAUAAGCUACCCUGAACCUCCAAGAAGCUACACUGAAACUCCAGCACGGCUACACUGAAACUCCAAGAAGCUAUCGUGAACCUCCGAGGAGGAUUACGGCUCCUCCAAGGCAGAAGCAGAGACCUCCUCAGCCUCCGCAGCAUCCUCCCCGUCUGCAUCAGAGUCUUCCCCCCUCAGACAGGAGGCACAGGGCAGCAGAGCAACACCAACUGCUGGACAGGGGUUCCCUAGAAAGGUCAAGCUUUUGGAUUUAGCCAUAUCUGACAUUCUAGAGCUUCUUGAAGACCAGUCGCUACUGUGGGUGUAGUUACAACUAUUGGAUUUGAACAUCAUGCCUCAACCCUUACUGAAAAAAGGAUGAACUCAGAACUGGAGAUGUUUUUUUUUUUUUAGCAGUGUAGUGAAUGAAUACUUGAUGUAUACAUUUUUGGAGGUUAAGUGUAUUUGAAGAGAGUGCAGGAUCCCAGUUAUGUGAGUAGGUCUGUUCUAUUUUAUUACUUUGGAGGGUCAUGUUAUUCCUAUCAUGAUAAGACGGAUGAGGCAAAUCCUCCAAAGUGAGGACAUGAUGCAACUCCUUGUUUGCACAAGGGUUUAGAUAAUUCAGAGUACAACUAAUAGUAAUAAAAUUUAGCAUUUUAUUUCUACAUGUUUGCCAGCAGUUCGAUGGGACCAUUCUGAAGUUUGUGUGCUAACUACAAAACUGGGAUGUGCUUGAGCAGCGAGUGACUUAAGAUCAUUUUCACCCUUCACUCUUUUGUGAAGGUUACAUUAUCCUUCCUACACUGUUAAUUUAAUACACACGUAGAAAUGUGUGAAUGCGGAUUUGUGUGUAUGAUGUCUCACUCCAGGGAGUCUGAAAGAAGGGUUUCAGCAUGUAGGUUCGCAUUUAACCGAAACUCAUCAUUAUAACAUUUCUGGUUUUGUAUGUUUUCUUUGUGUGUUGUUUUUGCUUCUAGGUGCAGACUGAAACAG